GAUUUCCUGAUUUCUACCAGAGAGGAAGGUCUGUGACUCCAUUAUCCCCUUCUACAAGCAGUCUCCUGAGGUCUGGAACCUGUAUUCCUGGCAAAAUCUUUAGGAAGGAAACCUUUUGAAAUCACCUUGUAAUCCUUCUGUGAAACAGUUUGAGGACCAUCUUCUACAUCACUCAGCCUUUCGUGAUUCCCCCAAGUGCUAGUCCCUCCCUCCCAGUCUACUUGGUAUUGAAUGAACCUCCCUCUGUUUGUUGUAUGAAUUCUCUAAGGACUACAAUGAGCUUCUCUCUAGGACCCCAGAAAGUUAGCAGUUAUGUUGUCCUUUUUUUGUUUUGAGAAAAAAAGGGCAUUUUGAAAUAUUCUGAAGUGUGUUGCAGGAGAAUUUACCAAUUGUAUACGUCCUGAGUUGAGCUUCCCAUUUGGACAGAAGAAUGGCUGUGUUCAGGCAGUUUACACUUCUUCUCUGGAAGAAUUACACCUUAAAGAAGCGGAAGAUUGUAGUAACAGUCUUGGAAAUUCUCCUGCCAUUGCUAUUUUCUGGGAUCCUAAUUUGGCUUCGCCAGAACAUUCACUCAGAAAACAUUCCCAAUGCUACCAUAUAUCCUGGCCAGUCCAUCAGUGACCUGCCCUUGUUUUUCAACUUUCCUCCCCCAGAAGAUACGUGGGAGCUGGUUUAUGUUCCUUCUAACAACGAAGCUGUGAAGACUGUCGCCGAGAUGGUGAAAAAGACUUUAGUCAUCGACAUGAAAGUUCGUGGCUUUCCCUUGGAACAGGAUUUUGAAGAUUACAUUAAAUUUAAUAAUCACUCUUACAAUGUGUUGGCUGGUAUUGUGUUUGAGCACAGCUUCAGUCAUUACAAGGAACCCCUGCCACUUGAGGUUAAGUACCACCUGCGCUUCAGUUACUUUCGGAAGAAUGAUAUGUGGGCUGGGACAAAUCUCUUUUUUCCAAAAGAGAUUGAAGGAUGGCACACUACCUCUCUCUUUCCACUCUUCCCGAAUCCAGGACCCAGGGAACCCUCAUUCCCUGAUGGAGGAGAACCUGGAUACAUCCGAGAAGGAUUCCUGGCUGUUCAGCAUGCUGUGGAUAAAGCCAUUAUGCAAUACCAUGCAAGCGCUGCCAUGACCAGACUGUUUGAGAAGGUCACCAUCAUUGCAAAGAGAUUCCCAUACCCACCGUUCAUUUCAGACUCUUUUCUUGUGGCCAUCCAGUACCAGCUUCCCUUGCUGCUCAUGCUGAGCUUUACUUAUUCCACACUCACCAUCACUCGUGCCAUUGUACAAGAAAAGGAAAGAAAACUGAAGGAGUACAUGCGCAUCAUGGGACUCAGCAACUGGCUUCACUGGAUUGCCUGGUUCCUCACAUUCUUCCUCCUCCUACUUUUUACCAUCUUUUUUAUGACUGUGCUUUUCUGUAUCAAGGUGGAAGAGGACGUUGCAGUGAUCACCAACAGUGACCCAUCUUUGAUAUUUGUCUUUUUGAUAUGUUUCGCCAUUUCUUCCAUUUCCUUCAGUUUUAUGGUCAGCACCUUCUUCAAUAAAGCCAAUUUGGCAGCUGCCAUAGGAGGUUUCCUCUAUUUCUUUACGUAUAUUCCUUACUUCUUCAUUGGUCCUCGAUACAACUGGAUGACCCUCAACCAAAAGUUAUCUUCCUGUCUCUUCUCAAAUGUUGCUAUGGCUUUGGGGGCCCAGCUCAUAGGCAAGUUUGAAGCAAAAGGAGUGGGAAUUCAAUGGAAAUACCUCAUGAAAUCAGUUAAUGUUGAUGAUAACUUCACUUUUGGGCAUGUGUUGCUAAUGCUGCUAUUUGAUUCUGCCUUCUAUGGCUUGGUGACCUGGUAUGUGGAAGCUGUCUUUCCAGGAGAAUAUGGUAUGCCCCAGCCCUGGUAUUUUUUCUUAAUGCCUUCCUACUGGUGUGGGAAUCAAAAAUCUAUGAUGGGAAAAGAGGAGGAAGAGGAUGAUCCUGAGAAAGUUCUAAAAACUGAGUACAUUGAAGCUGAACCUGAAGAUUUAGUAGCUGGAAUAAAGAUCAAGCAUCUGUCCAAGAUGUUUAUGGUGAGGAAUAAGAGAAAAGAGGCAAUAAGAGACCUGACUCUGAAUAUGUACGAGGGACAGAUCACUGUUCUCCUAGGACAUAAUGGAGCAGGCAAGACCACCACCUUGUCCAUCCUCACAGGUCUUUUUCCACCUACUAGUGGCCGGGCAUAUAUCAGUGGGUAUGAGAUCUCACGUGACAUAGUUCAGAUCCGGAAGAGCCUAGGCUUAUGCCCCCAGCAUGAUGUCCUCUUUGACUACAUGACAGUGGCUGAGCACCUUUACUUCUACGCUCAGAUGAAAGGAUUAUCUGAACAAAAAUGUCCUGAGGAAGUCAAUCAUAUCUUGAACAUUCUUGAUCUGGAGAAUAAACGCCACUCACUUUCAAAGUCACUGAGUGGAGGAAUGAAACGCAAGGUUUCUGUUGGCAUCGCACUCAUAGGAGGCUCUAAGGUAGUGAUGCUGGAUGAACCAACUUCGGGCAUGGACCCAAUUUCACGGAGAGCCACCUGGGAUCUCCUUCAGCAGCAGAAAAAUGACCGCACCAUUGUGCUGACCACACAUUUUAUGGAUGAGGCUGACCUUUUGGGGGACCGAAUUGCUAUUAUGGCCAAGGGGGACCUGCAGUGUUGUGGCUCUUCACUUUUCCUCAAGCAUAAAUACGGUGCAGGGUAUCAUAUGAUCAUAGUGAAGGAACUUCAUUGUAAUACCAGUGACAUUUCUCGUCUGGUUUAUCAUCACAUACCAAAUGCCAUUUUGGAGAGCAACGUUGGAGCUGAAUUAUCGUUUAUCCUCCCCAAAGAGAGUUCACACCGGUUUGAAACUCUCUUUACUGAACUAGAACUGAAACAGAAAGAGCUAGGCAUUGCCAGCUAUGGUGCUUCUGUCACCACUAUGGAAGAAGUGUUCCUUAGAGUUGGUAAACUUGUAGAUUCAAGCAUGGAUAUCCAAGCCAUCCAGCUUCCUGCUUUACAGUACCAGCAUGAGAGACGGGCAAGUGACUGGGCCAUGGAUAGCAACCUCAGUGGAAUAAUGGAUCUCACCGAUAGCAUCGGGGCCUUAAUCAAGGAAGAUUGUACCACCAUCAAAUUUAACACCAGGUUCUACCUUCACUGCCAGCAGUUCUGCGCCAUGUUCACAAAGAAGGCCUUGUACAGCUGGCGCAACUGGAAGAUGCUGGUGGCGCAGAUCCUUGUGCCCCUGACUUGCAUCACAUUGGCCCUCAUGGCCAUAAACUACUCUUCAGCGAUUCGGGAUGACCCCUUCCUGCAGCUAACCCUGGACCAGUAUGGUCAGACAGUUGUGCCCUUUUCCAUCUAUGGAACCUCCAAGCUGGACCAGCAGCUUUCAGAACGCUUUAAAGAUAUGCUGCAGGCUGAAAAACAGGUGCCUCGGGAGGUGUUAGGUGAUUUGGAAGACUUCCUGAUUUUUAGGGCCUCGGUGGAAGGUGAAGGCUUUAAUGAACGAUGCCUUGUGGCAGCUUCCUUCAAAGAUGUUGGAGAGCAGACUGUUAUCACUGCUCUGUUCAACAACCAAGCCUACCAUUCUCCAGCCACUGCCCUGGCAGUCGUGGACAAUAUUCUGUUCAAGCUGCUUUCUGGCCCCAGUGCCUCCAUUACUGUCUCCAACUACCCUCAGCCCCGAGGUGCUAGCCAGGCCACGACAGAACAAGCCAACGAGGGCCACACAGGAUUUCACCUAGCUCUUAAUUUGCUCUUCAGCAUGGCUUUCUUGGCCAGUACAUUCUCCAUCCUGGCAGUCAUUGAAAGAGACAUGAAGGCAAAGCACAUCCAGUUUGUCAGUGGAGCCUAUGUUGUUCACUUUUGGCUUUCUGCCCUGCUGUGGGAUCUUCUAACUUUCCUUAUCUCCUGUUCCCUGCUGCUGGUGGUGUUCAGAGCCUUCGACGUGGAAGUUUUCACCCAGGAUAACCACCUUGCAGAUGCUUUGAUGAUCUUAAUGCUCUAUGGUUGGUCCAUCAUCCCCCUCAUGUACCUAAUGAGCUUCUUUUUUUCUGGAGCUGCAGCUGCCUACACCAGACUUAGCAUAUUCAACAUCCUCUCGGGCCUUGCCACCUUUCUCAUCAUCAGCAUCUUGCGUAUGCCAGGGCUAAAAUUGUUGCAACUCUCUAAAACCUUGGAUAUGGUUUUCCUGGUGUUGCCCAGUCAUAGCCUAGGGAUGUCUAUCAGCAACUUUUUUGAAAACUAUGAGACCAAGAGAUACUGCACAUCCUCUGAGAUUGCAGCCCAUAACUGCAAGAAAUUUAAUAUUAAAUACCAAGAGAAUUUCUAUGCAUGGAAAGCUCCUGGGAUUGGGAAAUACAUGACUUCUAUGGCUGUUUCUGGCUUUGUUUUCCUCAUUCUUCUAUUCCUCAUUGAGACUAACCUCCUUUGGAGACUGAGAACCUUCUUCAGUAACAUCUUCAGGACACAGAAUUGGGCACAGAUGCAUAUCCAAUCAUCAAUGAUUCCGAAAGACCAAGAUGUAGAAGAUGAGAAAAAGAAAGUCUUAGAAUCCCUACCAGAGCUGUUGCUGAAUACCCCACUGGUUAUUAAGGAACUGACAAAGGUGUACAGCCAGAAGGUGCCCUUCCUAGCUGUGGACAGAGUCUCCCUCACAGUCCAGAAAGGGGAGUGCUUUGGACUGCUUGGUUUCAAUGGGGCUGGGAAAACCACCACCUUCAAAAUGCUGACUGGAGAAGACACAAUUACCUUUGGAGAUGCUUUUGUUGAUGGCUACAGCAUCAUCACUGACAUAAAAAAGGUACGGCAGCGAAUAGGCUACUGUCCUCAAUUUGAUGCCUUGUUGGAACACAUGACUGGCCGAGAGACUCUGACCAUGUAUGCCCGGCUACGGGGCAUCCCUGAGUGCCGUAUUGGCAACUGUGUGAAGAAUGUGUUACAGGGGCUGCUCCUGGAACCCCACGCAGACAAACUUGUCAAGACCUACAGUUUCCCCAUUUCUUCUCUUCUCUUAUGGCGUAGUGGUGGCAACAAGCGUAAGCUGAGCACUGGUAUUGCCUUGAUUGGAGAGCCAUCGGUUGUCUUCCUGGAUGAGCCAUCCACUGGCAUGGACCCCGUAGCCCGGCGCCUGCUCUGGGAUACAGUGACACGAGCCCGUGAAUCUGGCAAAGCCAUCGUCAUCACCUCCCACAGCAUGGAAGAGUGUGACGCUUUGUGCACCCGAUUGACCAUGAUGGUGAAUGGGCAGUUCAAGUGCCUGGGCAGCCCACAGCAUCUCAAGAGCAAGUUUGGGAGUGGCUACACCCUCUUAGCCAAGGUUAAAAGCGACAGGCAAGAGGGCAAAAUGGAGGCCCUGGAGUUGUUCAAGAUGUUUAUCAACCAGACUUUCCCAGGGAGCAUACUGAAGGAUGAACACCAAGGAAUGGUCCAUUACCACCUGCCCAGUAAGGACCUCAGCUGGGCAAAGGUGUUUGGCAUUUUGGAGAAAGCCAAAGAAAAGUAUGGACUAGAUGACUAUUCCGUCAGUCAAGUCUCACUGGAACAAGUCUUCAUGAGCUUUGCCCAUUUACAAUCUUCAGCAGAAGAUGAACGGUGAACGGCAGCAUCCACAAAGUUGGCUUGUGGGGGUACUUGUUAAGGGUUGUCACACAAAUAAUGACACCCGCUCACCACUUUUUAUCCUGCACCUUUAUUUUUAGUUGGUUCUUUUUCUGUUAUGGAUAUGAUAACUAAGUAUCCAUAUUAACAGACUUUCAUACUGCUCUCAGACUAGAGAUGACGAGCAUGCUCUGGACAGCAGAAUAGGACCUUAGGGCUCAUGGUGAAUUUACUUGUGAAUGUAGUCAUUUAAGGCAACUCAGAGCCCUAAAUACUAAGCCAAAACCCACAGUAGAGAAGCCCUCUAAGCAAUGUGUCAAGGAGUAAGGUAUUCAGGGAAGGAAAGGACAGUGCUAAUCUUCACACUAGUCAUUUGGCAGACCCCAAGAUAUCUGGCUCCAUGGGAGUCAGUGGCCACCAGCAUAAAGAGAUUGAUACACCACUGGAGUCCAGGAGUAAGGUGUGAAAGCAGGGAAUUCUGCUUCUUAUUCUCCAGAAUGACCUGAAACUGUGACCCUGAUUCUAUUUAAGCAAAAUACAAACUUGGGCAGAGACAUGUAUCAAUUUUUCCAGGAUGGUGACCUCUGACUGUUGCUCUGUGUCAUAGGUGAAUUAAUUUGCCAUUCACUUCUUGUGUUGGGGACCCAUUUGUGGCAGGAGAUGGUGCUUACCCUUCAUAGUUUCUUCAUCACCAAUCCCUGCAUGCCCCCAAGAUGUGUUCAUGUGCACGUGUGUGAUGCUAUCCCUGUGUCACAUUAAUCAUGGUGGACAAAAUAUUUCAGUCUUUAUAAACAUAGCAUACUGAUUGGAGGUGAAGGUCAGAAUAUUGCGCUACAAUGCCCCAGUCAGAUGUCAUCUGCAGGUCAGUGUUCAGUUCUGGGUGGCACCGCUUCUGUGGGAUGAUAACUAACUAGAGUUUGUCGAGAGGAGGGGGAUUUGGAAAUAAGCGAAUGAACAUAGCUGAGGAGGCAUCAGUGUGCCAUAGGUGUGGUUUGAAAAUUGUAUCUGCACAGUCCCCCAGUGAAAGAACAUUCUUGAUAAACCCUGUUUACUUUGUUAUUUUCCUACAAAGGUGCUACUGCCUACCAGAGGCUUUGAGCCUUCAAUGUAACACAUGCGCCUUGACUUAUUAAAAAAUACCUACAGGCCACAGAGAACAUUAAAAAUAUGUGCAUUUAUUUAAAAAAAAAAGUAUUGUGUCAUCAAU